AUGUCCUUCCUCUCCACGCUCGUCAAGCCGCUCGCCUACGUCUCCCUCCCCGUCUUCGCGCUUCACACGCUCUCAAAGUCGUCCCCGAUCGCGCGAUACUAUGUCCGCCUCGCGCUCUACCUGUCGACGCUCGGCGUAUGUUCAGCAUGGGGCGUUGUCUGCGCGGUGGGCAUGUCCCUCGUCGGCCGCAAGCUCGACGUGUUCUUCGUCGUGGCGCGCACGUUCUACAUGAUCGCCAGUCGGGCGCUGGACAUCCGGCUCGUGGUCGAGGGCGAGGAGCACCUCGCGACGAAGCCCGCCGUUCUCAUCGGGAACCACCAGAGCAUGCUCGACAUCCUCUACCUCGGCAGGAUAUUCCCCCGCCGCGCUGCUAUCAUAGCAAAGAAGGAGCUGCAGUGGUCGCCUCUGCUCGGACAGUUCAUGACGCUCUCUGGCGUCGUCUGGAUCGAUCGCGGGAACAACGCGAAGGCCGUGCGCUCGCUCUCGGCUGCGGGCGAGACAAUGAAGGCGCAGCGCAUGGCGCUGUGGCUCUUCCCCGAGGGCACGCGCUCAAUGCGCGAGCACCACGACCUCCUGCCGUUCAAGAAGGGCGCGUUCCACAUUGCGGUACAGGCCGGCGUGCCCAUCGUGCCCGUUGUGUGCGAGAACUACUGGAGGCUAUAUAGGAAGAACGUGUUCGAGAGCGGGACGCUCAAAGUCCGCGGUGACAGCGAUUCCUCAGUACUCCCGCCAAUACCGACGGAGGGCUUGACCGUUGCAGAUAUCCCUGAUCUUGCCGCACGCGUCCACGAUGCGAUGGUGGCCGCGCUGCGCGAAAUAUCCGGCCCUCCCUCUCCGAUACCCUCUGACAAACCUGACGAAGCUCCUCGCGAUACCUUGUCUGCACAAGCAAGUUCCGCACUUCCGGUUGAGCCCGAGCCAGCCCAGCCCUCCGAGUCUGUACAACAAAUACCAUCGCGCUCGGAGAGCCGAGCGUCGACGCAGGCGUCCGAGGACAAUAACUCCUCACCUGCGACGAGCCGGCGGUCGGGCAGCGACAAUGGCACGGAGACGGAAGAGGACGACGGAAUGGUGCUGGUGGGUCGCCCGAAGUAG